UAAAAUAUUUGAUAACCAGAAGAGAAAGUGUAAUUUAUGACAUUCAGAGUUUAUAUCAAAACAAAUUGUAACGAGAAUCAGCUAUAAAGAAAGACAUCACAGUGAAAUUGAAAAUAUUCCACUUAAUAAACAGGAAUAAGUAAAUUACGUUGUAGUACGUUAUAAAUUAGAUUUUUUCUAAAAUGAGUUCAACUCGUGAAAGUGUUAAUAAAGUACGAACAAGUUUUCCACAAAUAAUGAAGAUUCUUGAUGAGCCUCUGAAUAUAGGUGCCAAUGAUUUGUUAAGAGGAGUUGAAUUUUCAUAUUGCGGAUGGAUACAUGUCCUGUGCAGCAUACUUUUUUGGAGAAAAUGGAAACCACGGUAUGCAAUAAUUUCCCUAGGUUGUUUAUACAUUUAUACCGAUAGGAAUGCACAGAAAACAGAAUAUUCAUGUUCUUUAAAACAGUUUGAAGAUGCGGUGGAAUGUGAUCCCGAAAGCGGGGGGAAUAUUUGUUUCUGCCUCAGAUACAAAAAUGCUCAAACACCUUUACUGUUCUCGUGUGAUACGUCAGAAAGAAGAAAGAUAUGGAUUGAAAAGUUCACCUUAGAAAUAUCGGAAGUUCAAUCCACAUAUAAUGUUUCGGCAGAUAGCGGAUUCGGAAGUGCUGACACAGUACCUAGGAACAGAUUAAGGUCACAUCACGGAAGGGAAGAACCUUCAAGGUAUGACGAAAUUGACGAAAGAAAUAUCGAAGAAGCAACAUGUUCUCCAGUUCAAGCAUGUGACAUUCCUUGCCCUUUAAGUGGAACAUUGAGCACUGAUACGGGCAGAUUUUAUGAAAAUGUGAAAACCAAAUAUACAGAUACCUUUCAGUCAGAAAGACAGACAGAACUAAGAGUGCAGCCUGGUAAAAUAUAUAAAAAGUUUACAGAAGAACUUAAGCUUAAAGUUGGAAGAAGACAAACAGCGGUCAGUUCGUCAAUGGGGGAAAAAGGACCAUUACCGACUAGAAAGUCUACAGGUUCUCAAUCGUCUUUGUCCGCACACAGCUUGGCGACAUCCUUUUCAAGUACUGAGUCAUCCUUCAUGUCUAUAUGUGGUGCUACAGAAGAAUCAUUGUCGCAUCUUUCUGUGAGAAAACAGGAAAGCCUAUAUGAAAACGCUACUGUUGGUAGUAAUAAUAGCGAUAACACAUCACGAAAAACAAGAUAUGAAAACACGGAAGAGUUUGAAAGCAUGCAGAGGUUUGAAAGAUGCGAGUACUUUUGUGAUCAGAAGGAAGAAGUAAAAAGGUUAUCAGAUCGAAUGACAGAUGGAGUAUUUGCAAUUUUUCCCGGUGAAUCGACAAAACACGAGCUUUGUGUCAAGACACCGAAGGGAUUGAAAUAUUUUCGUAUAUAUUGGCAGAAUGGACAAGUGUCCCUCUACAAAUCGCACCUGUGUGAUACAUUUUCUUCCCUGGACGAUUUACUGUCUUAUUACACUGCUAAUGAUUUACCAGCAGCGGAUUAUAGCGUUAAACUCCAGAGAGGAUACAACAGUAUGUCGUAAAUGCACAUUGUAUUAUGAGCUAAAUAAAGUUUCACGUAUAUGGAACAUAGACAACAACGUAUAGGUUGCAGUAGGUAGAAUACUACAAGAAGAAGUGAUGAUGACGUUUGGUUAGUAUCAAACAACAUUUGGAAAGAAAACUACAUCAAUUUGUUACAUAUCUAAUCUAUGUACUUCUUAUUUUGUAUCGUUUAAACCUUAUGGUAUUUUUGGUUCAUGUUUCAUUUUAACAUCGCAUUGACAUGUAUGUAAUGUUUAUAUAAUUGACACAAGGCAUACACCAUAACAAUAUGUAUAUUGUCACAUAAUAAACUGAACAUAUUAAUGAAACUGU